AUGGGGAUCCACCUCCUGGCCUUCGCCUUCGUGCAGGUGUUCCAGGCCUCGGCGCCGCUGCUGUGGCCGCUCAACCUCUGGCUGCCCCGCCACCUCCCCCAGCUCUGCGCCGUCGUCUCCGCCGAGGUCGCCGCCCACGUCGCCUGGCUGCGCCGCGCCCACGCGAGGCGCUGCGACGACGACGACGAGGCCCGCCGCCAGGGGCUGCUCUACACCGUGUACUGA